ACAAUUUUUAGCGUGCAUGCGGAACUAAAUAAGAUAAUUGACUACGGUACUCCUAACGGAUUACUGAAAAUGAAACUUAUCAUGAAAGUGAGAGGAUCCCCCGUAGUUUUUGGAAGCUAAGCUGUGAAGAUUCAACCAUUUGCUCCGUUAGGUUUAAAGUUUUGACCUUCUGAAUGAAACACUAUAUAAGCUGAUAUCCGACGUUCAAAGAUCAUAGUUCACAACAGAGUUUCAUCAGAUUCAAAUUCCAGUUCAACCCCAAAAUUCACCAGACCAGCAUCAUGAAGUUGUUCGUCACAGUUCUCGUCCUUAUCGCUACGGUGGCUGCCCAGGAGUUCUACACCACCAAGUUCGACAACAUCGACGUGGAUGAGAUCCUGAAAUCGGAUCGCCUUUUCAAGAACUAUUUCCAGUGUCUGUUGGACGAAGGUCGCUGUACACCGGAGGGAAACGAGCUGAAACGUUUGCUGCCGGAUGCCCUGGAGACGGCCUGUUCCAAGUGUAGUGAGAAGCAACGUAGUGCGGGGGUACGGGCCGUGAAAUAUCUGAGCGAGAACAGGCCGAUUGAAUUCAAGGCUCUGCGAGCCAAGUUUGAUCCGGAAAACAAGUACAUUGAUCAGUAUGUCCGGGAUGCGGAGAAGGAAGGAAUUACCUUGAAUAUUUGAAUAUCGGAGAGUAUUGUAGCAACGUGUUCAGUGGUGAAGAAUUGUUGACAUGAGCCUAUAAUAUUUAUUGAAAUGAUUUUGAACAAGUAAAUUGCUGUUUUAGCUGAAUGUGAGGUUUUGAUUUGGUGCAAGCAAUUGAAAGAUAUAUCCAGGUAUGGUAUUUGGUGUUAUUAGGUCAAAUUGCAUGUUUUGCCUUCCGCGAUAGUUUGGAUGAGUGCCAAUGUUUAUAAUCUGAUGUUUUGUUGAAACAUGUUCAAACUAUUGGUGUUUCAAUUAGCAGAAAGUGUGCUUAUAUGUUUGAUGUGACGGUAAAUGACACUAUUUUGAACUUGUAUAUGUUUUUUAAAUUUUUUUUUAUAUUUGUGAAUUUUAACUUAAUGCUAAUUCUUCACAACUUGUAUAUGUGUUUUGAAUGAAUAAUAACUAUUUUACAUAUUAAAUGUGGGCCGAAUAUUGAGGACAUUAUUUUACUAUGUACCCACAUCUUGGCUCAUUAGUAAAGUGACGUCAACAACAUAGCUUGCGUAUAAACCAGAAGGAAUGAUGAGGAAG